AAAGGGGAGAGUAAUGCUAGUGAACGGGGAGGCCAUGAAAACGAUAUGGGCGGAUGGUGGUUUCUGAAGAUAGCAAUUUUGGGCCAAAAUAUGCUAAACGAUCAAUAUUUGUUUACGGCCCAUUCGUUAACUGAAAUGUCAGACAAAGGUGUUGACAUGGCAUAUAUGUAGAAUCUGAUUGGUUUGAAUUCUCAUUUUAGUAUUGUUAGAUAAAUAUUACAACAUAAUCGUAAAGACGUAAACCGUCCGCUAUUGAUCUGAACCGAAGCUAACAAAGUCGAAACCGAAGGACUCUAGAAUCCGGUUAUCUCUAACCAAGCACUAGCAGUUUUUUUUUUUUUUCGACGACCAAGCACUAGCAGUUAUUUAAGUCAGUUAGCUCGUAACGAACUUCAAAAGACUCCAAGAUUGACUUAUCUCUCUGUAACAACCUACUUCGCCGCCGAUUCUCCGAUGGCCACCUCAAGCCAUCUCCUCCUCAUCUUCCUUAUCACCACCGUCUCAUAUCUCACUCCCGCCGCCUUCCCUCCGUCAAUCACACCGCAAGAUCAGCAACACGCAGACAGAAUCAUCCAAGCCAUGAUCGGAGCCGGCGAAUUCCGCGACUGGGCCGCCGAUUUCCUCUCCGCCGUCGACGACCAAUUCGGAAUACCUCUCUCCGCCACUAUCUUCAUCCCCAGCGACUUCGACGCCGCCGGCAUCACCUCCUCCAACGGCGGUGGCGCUACUAACCCCGGUCGCCUCUCCGUCGCUUACCACAUCGUUCCUCAGCGUCUCUCCUUCGCCGACCUCCGUAUCUUGCAACCUCUCUCUCGCCUUCCGACUCUCCUCCCCGGAAAUUCAAUCGUCGUCACCAACAACUCUGUUUCCGAUUUCACAGUCGACGGCGUUCUCGUCUCCGAACCGGAUCUUUUCCUCUCUUCUUCGAUUGCGAUUCACGGUGUUGCUUCGCCGCUUGACUUCUCUCGUUACGGAGACUUUGAAAACGGUGGUGAUACUGCUUUAGCCGAUAGUCUCCGUCCUUUGUCUCAAAAUCGUCGUCGCCGUCGUCCUGAAUUCAACAAGAAUCGAACCUCUGCUUCCGUCUCCAUCGCACAUCUCUCGACAUGCUCGUUCUUGCUCCCGUUGGCUCUCGCUCUGUUCUGACUCUGCAUUUUCACUUUUAGUCCUUCAAGUUUUCUAAUUUUCAAGAUUCUGUACAUAAACCUCUAUUAGUUCCAAGUUCUGUUCUUUCAAAGAUGUGUAACUCGAUCUUGUGAAUUCAUAUAAUGGCGGCAGCAUUUGAGAAUCAUGUUUUGGUAUAUUCUAUGAAGAAUUUUUGUAUUGUUAUUAUAAUGUCGCAAUAGCGAAAGAAUCAAACUUUAUUGUUCCUAAUUUACACUUCUAACACUAAGGUUAGGUUAUUUCUUCACUGAAGAAGAACGAACAAAAGAUUCC